CGGCACGCAAGCCAUAAAGAUGUCACUAACCGCGCGUGUAUUCAGACGCUAACCCUAGUACCUUUGCAAUUGCACAAAGUACAAAUACUAUAUGCCACGUAUGUAUUCCCAUGGGUCCCACUCUCACCAAGAAAGAAAAUAAAAGACAGAUUUAAAAAUAAUUUUUCAAUCUAAUAACUGUAUGUGUGAAAACGUUAUAUAUAAUAAAAAUCCACCCAUUAAUGUGCCACGGGAGAUUUUUUCUUCUUCUCCACUUUUCGCCACCAUUUCUUCUCCUUCUCUUUCUCUCUCUCUAUCUAAAUUCGGUGGAAGGUCCAACCUCAGACUAUGACCGGCGGAGACUGGAUUCACGAGGCUAUGGGUGAUGAUUCAUUAGUGGCGGAGGCUCUGAUCUGUCUCCUCCAUGCCGAGCCGUCACUUCCUGAGACGAAGAGCGGCGGCGCGUCGGAUCUCAAGCUGAAGUGGAGCGUGCGUCAGCCGAGGACCAAGGCGGCGACGUUAAGGAAGAAGGGAGAUCAUGAUACGCGUGCUAGUCCCACGACCCCACUUUCAUGGAGCGGCGCAACCUCUUUUAGCGGCGGUGGAGGCGGUGCUGCUGCUGCCGUUGAUGGAUUUGAGGAGUCAAGUGGCGUUGUGAAACUGUCUGAGGCCGUUAGAUCUAAGAUAACUCAAACGAGUGUUACAACAAGCCCUUUCAAGAGAUCAAGAAAGAAAAAGACACUUGCUCAACUUAAAGAGGAGGAGAGUGUGCUCUUAAAGGAAAGGAAUGGCUUGAGAAAUGAACUCGCAACUAUGCAGGAUCUGCUCAAGCAACAAAGAGCAAGAAACGAGUCUUUAAAGAAACUCCAGGCUGAGUCACAAAAGAAUGAUGAUUCCUCCUUCUUGCUCCCUGACCUUAAUAUAGCUCUGGAUAACAACUCGAGCCCUGAAAGUCUCUAUGGAACCAGCUGAUAUAUAACUACGACACAAUUUUCACAUCAAUAUUCUUUUGUCAGUGACACGUUCUCUAGACUACGCGUAACUAUGUAACUAUACGAUUUGGAUAAGAAUUUAUAGAUAGGUAAUAGUCGUCCCCUUUCCCUUUGCUUUGCAGAAGCAUACAAAGAUUCUAAUGACAGAGGAGACGAGUUGAAUGUUUAAUGAUUUUUUGUGUUUUUCCUUUUAGCUAUCAGUUCUUAGGUUGUAGCAAGUUUUUUGCUCUUGUCUAGCUCUCGCUUUUUUUUCCACUCUUGUUAUGUUUUUUAUAAGAUGAGAUGUAUGUAACUAAUAAUUACUAAUUAUCUUCUACAGUUCUACAAUGGUGC